GAAUGUGUGCGAAUUGAAAAUAUUUCAUAGUUGAGGGGGUGAAGUGCCCCUUCGGCAGCUGGACAGAUCCGCCAGUGGAACAACCGUCAUCGACAGGGAACAAAACCCCCCAGAGAGCAUCUAGGGUUUUGUUGAUUGAUAGGAGAAACCCAGAAAGCAAUGACAGUGCUGAGCUCCAAGCGGGUCUUGGAGGACAACCAUACCCGUGACCCCAGCGCCAUCACAGCCCUUACGCUCACCCACAAAGCUCUAACCGACGUCUCGUGCUUGAGCGAGUUCAAGAACUUGGAGAGGCUCGACCUCAGCGCCAACAAUCUAACUUCACUAGAGGGUUUGAGGUCAUGUGUCAAUUUGAAAUGGUUAUCAGUUGUACAGAACAAGCUUCAGAGCUUGAAAGGAAUUGAAGGCCUUACCAAGCUCACUGUGCUGAAUGCUGGCAAAAAUAAGCUUAAAUCAAUGGAUGAGAUCAGGUCUCUUAUUAGCUUACGUGCACUGAUUUUGAAUGAUAAUGAGAUCGUUACACUUUGUCCGCUUGACCAAAUGAAAGAAUUGAACACUCUAGUUCUUUCGAGAAAUUCAAUCUCUAAAAUUAGUGGCUCUCUGAACAAGGUGAAAUCAAUCACGAAGCUCUCUCUAUCUAACUGCCAACUUCAAAGCAUCAACUCACUCAAGUCAUGCACUGAGUUGAAAGAGCUCCGACUUGCUCACAAUGAUAUCAAGACUCUUCCAUCUGAGUUGGUCGUUAAUAUGAAACUUCAACUGUUGGACAUAGGGAACAAUUCAAUCACUAGCUGGUCUGACCUGAAGGUGCUGCCUUCGUUGGUUAACCUGAAAAACCUAAAUUUGCAAGGCAAUCCCGUUGCUGAAAAGGACAAGUUAGCAAAAAAGAUCAGAAAGCUAGCACCAAAUUUGCAGAUAUUAAAUGCCAAACCAAUCGAUAAAAGCUCAAAGAACGAGAAGGGUGACAGAGAUGAGACAGUUGAUGAUUAUUCAUUUACUGCUGCUAAAAAGCAAGGGGCUCAAAAAGAAGGGAAAAUAGAGCAAAGAACGACAAAACAGAACCCCAAACAUAAGAGGAUGAGUCAGACCAACGACGAUCAACAUGAUGCUGCCACGGAUGUUGUCAUUGAGAGAGGAUUGAGGCAUAAAGAUCGGAAAACCAUGGGACUUCUGGAAGAAAAUGAUACCAUCACUGAAAAGAAAUUGAAUAAAAAGUUGAAGAAGGUCCAAGAAAAUGAAGUCAAUGUCAAUGACAAUAAAGAUAUUGAAUUUACAAAUCCUUUCGUCGAGAAACAAUUGAAGCGCAAAAAGGAUAAAGCAAGUCGAAUCCUUGAGGCAGAAGCCGCAAACGAGAUUGAGAAUGGUACUGAAAUGGAGAAGGAACUAAAAAGAAAAUCGAAGAGAGCGAAACAAACUGAAGCUAAUGUCAUUGAUGAUGGAGAAACUCCAUUUGCAGAUCUUUUUGCUAUUACUGGUGAAAAUUCUGAAAACAGUGCCGGAGGGUUGGAUGAAAAAGUUGUUCAGGAUGUUAGUGCCACUGGUGGCUUAGUUACAUUCCCCGUGAAGAGCAAGAAAAUCAAGAACAGGGCCCAGAGCUCUCCCCUCCAGUUGGCCCCAGUCGCUGAAGUUGGAUUGGGUGGUCAAUCUAUGUGGAGUGAUGAGUAGUUUGCAAAGGUGAGUCCUUCGGCUGUGCUUCUGGGUACUUAUUUUCUCAGCUAAACAUCCUUGAAACUUUAUUCUCGGUCUUUUCCAUCGCUUUGUUUUCCCUGUUUCGGCUUCUGUCAAGUAAAACACUUCCGUUUGUUAUUAUGCAAGUGUUCUGCUGAUAGUAGAGGCAUGUGUGAUGACCGGGCGAGGUCUAAGUUUAAUUAUGCAAUGACAUUUUUUGUUAUUCGGUGGUCA